AAUGGCGGUUAAUGAAAAAUAAAGGGUCUAUAAAAUUUUAAUUUUUACAAUAAUUGAAUAAAGUAGAUUGUGAUUUGAUUCUGUAUUCUAUAAAGUUUGUAAUGUAAUUUUAUUUGAACUAAUUCUAGACCUCCGUAUUCCUUUCCAAAUAUUUUGCAACAACUGAAUAACUUUAUAGAGCUACUUCUUCCAAUGUUCUGAUUUACAGCUGUACGAAUUUGAAGAUGAGUAAGGACAUAAGGUCAUUCUUCACUGUUAAAAAAGCUAAGAAAAAGAUUGAAGAUGAGGACAGUGACGUCAUACCCGAGUCUCCUGAGGUGACAAUUGUCAAUAAGAAAAAACAAUCUAAAAAAAGAAGGCAAAUCCAAGAUGACUCUGAUGAAGAGAUAUUUUCGCCAUCAAAAAAAAAUAAGAGUGAAUCUAAACCUACUCUAAAAGAAGUUAAAGCUGUUGACAUAUUUGGAAGUACAUCUAUCAAAAGAACAGAACCAUUGGUUAAGAAAUCCAAAAAAGUAACUGAAACAGGUAUACAUUCAGAUGACGAAUUUGAGAAGAGUUUAUUACAAAUUGAUGAAAUUGACAAUUUAGUGUGUCCCAAAUCACCUAAAGAAGACAAUUGUAUAUCUAAAAUAGAUGUUAUGGACAAACCAAACGAGAAAUCACAAAACAAUCAUGAUCUUAAACAGAAUUUAAGUAAAAAAGAGAAGAAAUCAAUCACUCAAAAAAAUGUGUUAGAUUUAACUGAUAAUGAUCAAAAAACAUCUGAUAGCAAGAAAAUAGUACCAGAGAGAUCCUAUUUUAAAGACAGUGUUAAAAAAGAUAAAGACUCAACAACAAAGAAAGAAAUUAACAAGAAUCAAAAUGACGAUAUUGUAGUUGAUGCAAAACAUCAAUCCAAAGAACAUGAUUUAAAACAAAACUGCACAAGUAAUGGUAUUAAAAAAGAAAAAGAACCUCAACCUUCUCAAAAGAGAAAAUUAGACAAACUUCAUAAUGAAACGAACAGUAUAAAAACGGAAACAAUCAAGAAAGAGAAGGCAGAUUACAGUGAGUUUCUUAAAGAUGACGAAAAAAUUAAUCAUGAAGACAAACCAAGUGAACCUAAACAAAAAAAAGUUAAAUUGGACAAGAGUCUUAAUGAUUCUGCUCUUACAGAUGAAGAGAGACAUGAAAGAAAGAGGUAUUCUGCUGCUUUGUAUCAAAAGUAUUUGAACAGGUCUGGACCCAAGCAUUUGGGAUCCAAAGAAAUACCGGAUGGUCCACCAGAUUGCUUGAAGGAUUGCGCGUUUUUACUUACCGGUGUGUUGGAUUCGUUUGAACGCGACGAGGUUGUUGCAGCUAUUACUAAGUAUGGAGGGUGUGUGAAAAAUGGAAUUAGUAAGAAGGUGACACACGUCCUAGCGGGUGACGACGCCGGACCGGCAAAAUUGGCCAAAGCACAGGAACUUGGCAUUAAAAUCUUAAACGAAGACGAAUUUUUGAAAAUGAUCAAACAUUCAGACAAGAAAAGUUCAUCGACUUCUAAAGAAAUUAAAAAAGAAGAUAACAUUGAAAAGAAAAUUUCUAAAAGGGAUAAAUCAAAGGAAAAGAAUACUGAAUCUCGAUUAGGAAAUAAUAGUAAUGAAAAAGUUAAACCUAAAAAUGACUUGAAAAUAAAUGACAGUAAAUUAAGUUUAACAAAUGGUACAAAUAAACGAGAAAGAUCUAUAUCACCAAAGAAAUUUUAUAAACAAGCAACAGAUAAAUCGGAUAUUAAACCUGAUGCAGUUGUUAAUAGUGAUCCCCAGAAAUCGAGUAAUUUAACAAACAACUGCAGUUUGAUGUGGGUAGAUAAAUACAAACCAACGAGCGUCAAGAACAUUAUAGGACAAAAUGGGGAGAAAAGUAAUGUCAAAAAGUUAUCAAACUGGUUGACCCAGUGGUACGUGAGCAGGAAGGCAAAGAUACCCAAACCGAGUCCAUGGGCGAAGGAUGACAACGGAGCGUACUUCAAAGCUGCAUUGUUGUCAGGCCCGCCUGGAGUGGGUAAAACAACAACUGUAUCCCUGGUGUGCAAGGAGCUAGGCUUCGACAUGGUAGAGUUCAAUGCAUCAGAUACAAGGAGCAAAACACUCAUACGUGAACAGAUCGGCGAGCUACUCACUACUACUUCGCUGUCGGCAUAUGCUAGAGGUGCAACCGGAAAAGGUGCUGUAACGAAGAAACACGUGCUAGUGAUGGACGAAGUCGACGGUAUGGCGGGCAACGAGGACCGCGGUGGUCUACAAGAGUUGAUAUCUCUGAUCAAGUCAACAUCAGUGCCAGUGAUCUGCAUGUGCAACGACAGAAACAGCGAGAAAAUGCGCUCGCUCGUCAACUACUGCUACGAUCUGCGCUUCGAGCGGCCGCGCGUCAACCAAAUCAUGUGCGCGAUGCUGUCGGUGUGCUUCAAAGAGGGCGUGAAGGUGCCGAACGAGGUGCUGACGCAGCUGAUCGAGGCGGCCGGCCACGACGUGCGCCAGACGCUGCACAUGCUGUCCGUGUGGGCGGCGGACGCGACGCGCAUGGACGGGGAGCGGCUCAAGAGAGAGGCGGCCAAUGUCAACAAAGAUAUGAAGAUGGGUCCGUGGGAGGCGAUCCGUCGCGUGUUCAGCGCGGAGGAUCACCGGCGCAUGAGCAUCCACGACAAGAGCGACCUGUUCUUCACCGACUACAGCCUCAUGCCGCUGUUCGUGCAGGAGAACUACUUGAGCGUCGUGCCUCAUGGGCCUGGCAAAGCGAGCCUCUCGAAGCUGGAGACGUUGGACCGUUUGAGUCGCGCCGCCGACAGCAUCAGCGCGGGCGAUCUGGUGGACGCCAGGAUACGGCGCAACCAGGCCUGGAGUCUGCUGCCCAUUCAGGCCAUGUACAGCAGCGUGAUACCGGGGCAAGAGAUGGAGGGGCACGUGGCGGGGCAGAUCCAGUUCCCGGGCUGGCUGGGCAAGAACUCGCGCGCUAACAAGAUGCGGCGUCUGGCGCAGGAGAUACACGCGCACACCCGCCUCAGUACAUCUGGUUCAAAGUCGUCGAUAUACCUGGACUAUUCGACGCAUCUUCGCGACGCUAUCUUGACACCGCUGAUACGAGACAAGACAGACGGCGUAGAGCAAUCCUUGAAAGUGCUAGAGUCGUACAACUUGCUGAGGGAAGAUCUCGAUUCACUCGUGGAGCUCUCUCUAUGGCCGGAAAUGAGAAAUCCCACUGUUUUGAUUGAUCCUAAGGUAAAAGCGGCUCUAACCCGUACAUACAACAAGACGGCGAGCGCGCUGCCGUACGCGCCGGGUGCGGUGAAGAAGGGGCGCGGCGCUGACAACGAAGACAACUCUCAGGAAGACGAGGAACAGGUCGAGGAGGACAGCGAUCCCGAGCAUGAUGCCAUGAUAAAGAAAAAGAAGACUAAAGAAACUGAAAAGGCAGGCCCUAGCAGAGCAUCAGGAAAGGCAAAGAAAAAUGCACCAUCUAGUCCAGGGAAAGGGAAAAAAGGAAAAACCAAGACAAACAAUAAGAGAUAAUAGCAUAUAUUUGUUCUAACUUUCUGUUUAUUAUUUGCUAUUAUCUAUGUUUGUUGCCAAAUUGAAGACAUUAUGUGAAUUAAAAAAAAAACGUUUUCCUUUUUAUAUUUGGCGAUGUAAACUACAGAAUGCCCUAUAAGAACAUUUCCGUAAUUUUAAAAGCCCGGGUAAACAGUACAACUUUUAAGUGUGAAUAUGAAUAUUUCUCUAAAGGUGGUACUGACCAGAAUUGUUUUGAUUUUUUUUUUUUUUGAUAAUAAUAGUUGACAAAUUGAAUAUAUGUAUGGAAAAACUGAAAGAAUUGAAUGGAAAACCCAUAAAUAGAGCAACACUACACAGGGCAUGUAAAGAACACAUCCUUCACAAUAACACUGUUGUCCAUCAACUUGAGAGAUAGGUUUUAAGCCAUGCCCAAUCACAUAUGCAAUCAGUGCCAAAUUAAGGAAUGCUGAUGCCCUAAGCAAUCUUCCCCCUAUCCUUUAAAAAAAACUGUUUACCAUAGGUAGAAGAUAUAUCAAUCAAUGUGAAAUAAAAAUACAUAGAUUCCUAAAUUGCUUCAUCUUUUGUGUGCUUGUGUUCUCGAUUGUCUUUGGUGCCAUCUAGACGGGAUGCCCUAAACAAUUGCUUAAAUAUCUUACAAGUACAGGACUGCAGGCAAUCAUGCCUUUCAGGCCUAAACAAAACAAAGCUGUUUGGCAGCAAAAAUAAAGUUGGCAGUCAUUUUUCCAUUUGCAAAAAAAAAAAUUACAUUGAUAUUUGCAAUGUUGGUCAGUGCCUUGGAUGAAUGAUGUACAGAUAAGAAACAGUUGUUCAUAAAUCACAAACAACCACUUUAUUAAUUGUAUAUAUUUUAAUUAUGUCUAAAAGUUGUGUUGUCAAGUCCUUUUAUAUAAUUUUUUAAUAAUAAUUAUGUUAAAUAUUCGUGAUUUCAUACAUAAUAAAUGUUUGAACAUUUCUUUUGACAAUAAUAGGCCGUAUGGACUACUUUAGUAUUUUAGUCGAGUACGAACUAUUUUUGAGCGGUAAAUCCAAAAAUUGUUCGUACUCGACUAAAAUACUUCAGUUGUCCGAACUAGGCCUAAGGGUGAGGCCAAACAUGCGUAAUUUUGUGAGUUUUCAGUCGCGUAAUUUCUGCUGCUUUCAGUUUCAUACAAAAGUCCAGUUCCUGCCACACGGAGUCGCAAAAUGAGUUGUGUUCCGACUUACACGCAAAUUUAUGUGACCGAAAUUACAUGACUGACAACUCACAAAACACAUGUUUGGCCUCACCCUUAAUGUAAAAUUAUUUUAGAGGAGUUUAUGAUCAUUAUGACAUAUAGAUAUUUUAUAAUUGGGAGACAGUUUGGUUUUAGAUGUAAGGUGUAAGCACAAGUGUUUUCACUACUCUUGCUUAAAAACACUGUCAUAUUACCACUCCACUGCUCAAAGCUCAACUGUCUUCCCAAAAUAUAAUAUCUAUAUUUAUAAUUAUGUUAUGCUUGUGUUUUCUUAUAAUAAUGUUUCAGUAUUUUGACAGUACAAUGAUUAAAACUUAUUGAUUAAA